AUGCGUCAACUUCAGGUUCGACGGUUAAUUCAGUAUCCUUUUGCAAGCCGUUCUGAAUCCCCGAAAGGAGACCAGGCCAGCGUAAAGGGAUCUAAAGGCUAUCGGUUGUCCUGUGGCAUUUGCACGCUGGAACUUCAUAUGAAGGGGUGCAACAUACGCAUGUUGCUGGUUGUGAUCAUGACCCCUAUCAUAGGUGCCGUUGUGUACGAUGUUGGCCGGGAAGUCGUGGUGAUGGCAAAGCUCUGGCAGGGACGACAGAGGGCUGAGCUGCCCACCGACAGGCCUUUGCUGACUCACGCUGUGGUCAUCACAGAAUACAAGGAGCCCCUGGAUGUACUGGCUGCCACUAUUGCUUCCCUCCAAGAGCAGACCCUGGCACACAACACGAUUGUGGUUCUGGCUCAGGAGGAUCGUGAUAUGGAAGCUGAUGAGGCCUUCUUGAGCCUGCAAGCGAUGGCAGAGAAGUCUUUCUUCUGUUUCAUGUGCACCCGUCACAAGCUCCAACCUGGAGAGGUUGCUGGCAAGUCAAGCAACGAAAACUUUGCAGUGCGUCAGCUCUACAACCGCGUGCCGGACAUGGGUUUGGACCCCUUCAACGUCAUGGUCACAGUGGCCGACGCUGAUUCCUACUUCGACCGUGUGUUCCUCGAGCAGCUGGAAUCGGAGUUUUGGCGCACGCCGGACGGCCGCCGUAUGCUGUUCGAUUCGCCGAUCCAUACGGGGCGCAAUCUUGCAGAGUGCAAUCUGCUGGUGCAGUGCUACGAGAUGUACCGCUGCCAGACGGUGACAUUCAGCCAUCUCACCUCGCAGCCCUGCCAGUCAAAUUACAGCAUGACGCUCGGUUUUGCUCAUGAGCUGAACUACUGGGAUCCGGACAAUACUUCUGAAGAUCUGCACACCACGCUCAAAGUCAUCGCGUACACGGGUGCGCCGUCCGACUGCGUCGUCACGGUUUGGAGCCUCAUCAUGAAUGACUCGGUGACCGGGCUCCAGGACAGAUGGGUCCAGGCCAAGCGGCACAUGUGGGGUGUGGAGGAAGUUGCUUGGAUUAUCUCACUUUUCCCAGUGCUGCGAUGGCGAGUGUGGUGCCGAAUGCUUGGCAUGACAGCGGAGAAUCUUCUCCUGAAGGCCACGAUUCCUUCGUGGGUCAUUCUCUGCUUCCCGCAGACUUGGCGGGUGCCUGGGCCACAAGUCAAGCCUUAG